CUCUUUAAUCUAAUGGUUAUAAAUCGUAGUCUACCAUGGACCAUAUAUUGUAUUGUUCCACGGAAGCACUAUUCCCACUCCAAUAUAUUCUUGACCCAGCCAAUGCUUUGAUUACGUGUUGUUGGGUUUUGUUUUGUGCCGACUUCACUUCUUGCUUCAGUAUACUUAACUUCUCUCUUUUCAGAAUGGGAAGCUAUGUUGAUGAUGAUUGGGAGUUUGCUUCUUCUCCAACAAAGGAAGGUCGGACUAUGGUUUUGGUUGGACGCACCGGCAAUGGAAAGAGUGCAACUGGUAACAGUAUUCUUGGAAGAAAGGUUUUCACAUCGAGGAGGGGCUUAUCCGGUGUCACGUCCUCUUGCGAAAUGCAGACAACUGAGCUUAAUGAUGGACAGAUCGUCAAUGUUAUUGACACUCCUGGAUUAUUUGAAUUUCCGGCUGCGGGUAGAUCUGAGUUUAUUGGCAAAGAAAUAGUCAAGUGUAUGAACUUUGCUAAGGAUGGUAUCCAUGCUAUUCUUGUAGUCUUAUCUGUUAGAUCAAGAUUUAGCGAGGAAGAAGAAAAUGCUCUGAAAAGCUUGCAAAUAUUAUUUGGAAGUAAGAUUGUUGAUUACAUGAUUGUUGUCUUUACUGGAGGAGAUGAAUUAGAAGAUAAUGAGGAGACACUGGAGGAAUAUUUAGCGCAUGAAUGUCCAGAGCCCUUAAAGGAAAUUCUUUCCUUAUGCGGGAAUCGUUGUGUUCUCUUUGACAACAAGACUAAGGAUGAAAAGAAGCGAUUUAGUCAAGUUCAACAACUUCUCGAGUUUGUAAACUCGGUGGUAUCUAAUAAUGGUGGGCGUCCUUAUACGGAUGAGCUAUUUACCGUACUGAAGAAAGGAGCAAUGAAACUGGAAAUCCAGCAAAAAGAGGUUGAUGCCUUAGAAGGAUACUCAGACGGACAAAUAUCCGAGCUUAAGAAGCAUAUGCAGCAAUCAUAUGACGAACAGCUCAUGCAAAUUACUGAGAUGAUUGAGUCAAAGUUGAUGGAGGCAACUACAAAGCUUGAGCAACAACUGGCUCAUGAGCAAGCUGCCAGACUAGAAGCUGAAAAAAGUGCUAUGGUGGCUCAAAAGAAAUCAGACGAAGAAAUCCAAAAGCUUAGAGAACAUCUUGAGAAGGCACAUGAAGAACUCCGCAAGCGAGGUGAUAAAGGUUGUGCCAUUCUAUGAUAGAGUAACUACUUCAAACAUUUAAAGAAUGGUUUAAUUUAAAGAGUUGUUUAGUUUUUCUUUCGAAUCAUGACUUUUUAUUGCGUUUGUUAGUAUUUGUUUGUAUAUAAAUAAAUAUACUCCGAUGACUAACUAUGCAUUAUGGAUUGAAAUUUGUUCUA